AUGAGCACACGAUCUCCUAAAGAACUACAGAGUGACAUUGCUCGUGCUGUGCAGAUCUUGGAGCUUUUUACAGAUCCCAGUAAACGAGAUGUCCAACUCCUCAUUCCACAAAGCAUAUUACAGAAUGCACACGGCUUGGUAUUCAUUCGUCUUUAUCGUGGUGGUUUCAUGGUAUCAGCAAAGAAGGGCACUGGUAUCAUCAUUGCAAGGCUGCCUGAUGGAAGUGAGUAUCGUAGCAGUUGGUCCGCUCCUUCUGGAAUUUCUAUGGGUGCAUUGGGAUUUGGACAUCAAGCUGGUGUUGAAGUCAUUGAUUCAAUCAUUGUCAUGAAUUAUCGAGGUGCUGUUAAGGCGUUCUUUGAUCAAGGUGGUCAAUUGCAGCUGGGUGCCAAUGCGUCGAUCAGCGCAGGUCCUCUAGGUCGUGCUGCAAAUAUCUCGGCUGGUGCUUCAGGUGCAGCUCACAUGUCAGCAACCUAUGCUUACAGUGCAUCCAAGGGGCUAUUUGCUGGUUAUUCAUUUGAAGGAUCCAAGAUCUCUGAAAGAGUCAACACCAAUGCAGCAUUCUAUGGUCGAACUAUUUCUGCCAGGGAGAUAUUGACAGGUGGCAUUCAAGCACCCCCACAAGCACAGCGACUUUAUCAAAUACUUUAUUCAUUGGGUGCUGGACCAAGACCAGGGUUACCGUUUGCACCUAAAAAAGGCAGCUCAAUGGCACGACCUUCUUCUCAACCUCCCUUUCAACAAGGUCCCCCACAGCAACAACCACCUUAUGGAUCACCUGUCAAUAUGGAUGGAAAGCCUUACAACAAUAACAACAAUCAGCACAUGUACAAUACUACUGGCAGCAAUUCGCAAGCACCUGUGACAUCACCAGGAGCGAUACAACAACAAGCUAAUAUCAACAACAAUGAACAAGGAAUGUAUGAUGAACCACCACCACCUUAUAUGCCAUCGGAGCAACCCAACAUGUUUAUGGGAGCAGGCGAUACCAAACAGACACCAACAACAACAACAGCAUCACCACCAACAGGCGAUACCAAGCAAACAUUGUACAACACACCUAAUGAUGGCGGCACUAACACAACCCAGACGCCAUAUAAUGACUAUUCUGGACCAAAGGACAACAACAGCGGCAAUAGCAGCACUCAGCCGAUUGGCGGUGUUGAUGGCAAUGCACCAGCAUACAAUAUGAGUGGAUCAGGCGCAUUUGCCAACUACCAACCCGAUCAAAAGCAACAACCGCCGAUCAUGGACCCACAACAACAAACGGUCGUCGUGGCAAAAUACGACUACGUUGCACAGCAACCAGGCGAUUUAUCAUUUUCCGCUGGUGAUCACAUCAUUGUCACGCAACGAAAAGGUGACCGGCAAUGUUGGUGGGAAGGGCAAAUUGGUGAACGCAUUGGCAUGUUUCCAGCCAACUAUACCGAGGAUAUGGAGUUUUAG